CCCCGGCUCUGAAAGACGAAUUUAUUAUUUUCCGCGUCCACGUUGAGUCGAUCGGUUUCGGCGUCGGUACGCUUUGAAGAUUUUCAAGCGCUCAAGUGUAAGUCGGUUGCGAUAUAAGUCACUGAACAAGCAGACGAGAAUAGAAAAAUGCAGGGCACCAUAAUCGAAAACCUGAGCGGCAAGAAGCUCUCGGUUCUGGUGAUACUUUUGAUAAUCGCACAAAUUGUUUGUUUUUUAAUAGGCGGCUUAAUCGCACCUACACCUGCUAGUAGCCAGAAUAUUCUUGGCACAGCAUGCAAAGAUCUUAGUGUUAAUGGAUCUGAUCAAAAUAAAUGGUUUUACUCAAGAGGAAAAGGUUCUUGUAUUCCAGUUGAUAUGCAUCAUUUUAAUUUUGACAAUCAUCAGCAAGCAUACCAAGUUGUGUAUACAUUUCAGAUGCCCGUACCUCGGAACAAUAAGCAACUUGAUUAUUCGAGAUGGCAGCAAAAUUUAAUUGGAGUUUUACAAGUGGAUAUAUCUUAUAACAGUCAGAUUCAAAUCGCUUCUAGGACAAAAAUAACAUUGGAUGCACGAUUAGCUUAUCGAAACAAAAAUGAUCCAGAAGAUAUGUGGAAACCAUAUGCUGCUUCUAUUGUGGAGAGAAUUUUAGAUUGCAGCAUAGAUAAGCCAUUGGAACACUAUAAUUAUAAUUGUAGUGUCAUGCCAUUGUUUGAAUUGGGAUCUUUAUAUCAUGAUUACUACUUGUUAAAUAUUCGUCUUCCUUCUGACACUGGUCAAAACCAGGGAUUGGGACAUAUUGUUGAUUUAUGGCUUACAGCUAUUAAUCAAAACGGUGGGUUCACGAUAGUAUGGGUGAGUCUAAAGACCGUUUACUUCCCUAUAGUGUUAGCUGUUUUGACUUGGUAUUGGAGAAGAGUGUACAUGCUGUCUCGAUCACCUGCACUUUUGGAAUAUAUGCUUUUAGCUUUGGGUUCUGCCUUAACAUUUUUAAAUAUGCCAUUGGAAUACUUGACACUCGCUUAUGAUAUGCCAUUUAUGCUACUGCUGGGUGAUAUUCGACAAGGAGUAUUUUAUGCGACAUUGUUAUCGUUUUGGCUUGUGUUUGCUGGUGAACAUUUAAUGGAAGGCGAACAAAGCAAUUCAUUAAAAUGUUAUUGGCGGCAUCUUUCUGCAGUAGGUACUGGAUGUCUCUCACUAUUUAUAUUUGAUAUGUGUGAACGUGGUGUACAAUUGAGAAAUCCAUUCUACUCAAUUUGGGUUACUGAUAUUGGAACAAAAUUAGCACUAUCCUUUAUUAUCUUGGCUGGUAUAUCAGCUGGAAUAUAUUUGCUGUUCUUAUCUUAUAUGAUAUGGAAAGUAUUUAUGAACAUUAGUGCGAAGAGGGCUGUUUUACCCAGCAUGAGUUCAGCACGACGUCUGCAUUACGAAGGAGUUAUAUAUCGUUUCAAAUUCUUAAUGAUUGCCACAUUAUUAUGCGCGUCAUUAACUGUUGUUGGCUUUAUAUUAGGACAGGUUGCAGAAGGUCAAUGGAAAUGGGACGAAGAUUUACAGUUAGAAAUGACUUCUGCCUUCUUUACCGGUGUAUAUGGUAUGUGGAACAUUUAUAUCAUUGCAUUAUUAUGUCUCUACGCUCCUUCUCAUAAGCAAUGGCCAAUUGAACCAUCUGAGAAUAGUAUUAGUGAGGAAAUCGAAUUUUCUCCUUUGCCAACUGAUCCUAAUGAAAUGUUGUCUUUAACUGCGUUUGCACGAAAAACAGCAGUAGAAUAAAGUACAUACUUUUAUUUAUGUACAUUUGUAAGAAGCAGGAGGAGAUGGCAAAUUCUUAUAUGUACUUAAUUGUUACAGCUAGAAUUUAUAAAUAGAACUGUAUUAGAUUUUUCACUAUUUAUUAGGAACACAAUGACUGAUAAUACUUUUAUGGUAACAAUUUUAUAUGCCAAAUUCGAUUAUUUAUUGCUUCCAAUGUUUUUUGUAUGAUAUAUACAUAUUUAUAGUAUUAUGAUUAUCUAUGAUAAGCAAAAAUAUACAUAAGUCAUUUCAUCUUUGUACUUGUUAGUAUGUCAUAAGCACAAGCUCUAGAAUGAAUAUGAUCUGCUUUUAUAUAUUAUUUAUAAAAACUUUAGCAUAAUGCACAUGUGUAUAUGUGUAUUAUGUUGAAAUACAAACCGAUGUCUAAUAAUUAAAAUCGUGCACUUAAAAUAUAAUAUUAGAAAAAUCACGAGUAUAAGAUGGUUAUGUAUGUACAUCAUGUUUUAUUUUCAUGUUUUCUAUAACAUGAAAUUAUUGUUAUAUGAAUAUUUUUAUAUUUUUGAAGUACUUAAAUUUUUAGUAAAAAUAAUGGAUAAAAGACAAUCAAACACUUUUGAAUCAAAUAUUUUAUAUGCAGAUACAAUGAGAUGACUGUAUGUAACAAACAGCAGCUAUUUUAAUUGGGACAAUAUUUAUAU